AUGAGUGAUACUUUGAGUGCUGUCUGUUCUGACUCAAUCAAACGAGUGGCACUGGGUGGAGUUCCGACGCAUGUAAGGGGGACCUUGGUAGGUGAGGAGACCCUCAAGUGUGCGUCUGAGGGUAGCUUGUAUAAGUGCGUAAGACAAUUUUUUAGGGGGUCCAAAAAAAAUAGCAUGAGGGCCUUGCUAUCGUUGUCAAGCCAGAGCAGCCCGGCUGUGGUGUGUUUGGCGGUGGUUGAAAAAGGAGGUCUGGAGGUGGUGGGGUCAGAUAGUCUGUCGACGAGAAUUGCAAGGGAUCUGAGCACUGUCUAUAACGUUGAUGUGUUGGACCGCUUCCGCGCCAAAGUGAAGGCCACUGGCGACUCGGAGCUGCCGGUCAGCAUCGAGGUAGAGCCCGGAGAUUUGUUCUAUCGGUCGAACGCGUGGAGCCGGAUCUAUUCUGUCUGUCUCCCGAAGGCCAUGGGUGGGGAGCAUGUUAAACAGUGCAAGUGCGCCCCUAUAGUUCACUGGGAAAGAAGACGCGAGCAACAAACCGAGCGUGGUAUAGCGCACACAGACAAGCGCCUCAAAUCCGGCAAGUGGCUUGCGCUGCGUUUGGCGCAAAGCUGGAGGGACCUAGCCGAGGAGGCAGCGAAGUUAGGUGAAGGUGAAGCAGAGUAUGAGGCGGAGAACGCUGGAAGGGGGCGAGACGAUGCAGCAGACAACCGUCUAGCAGGUACGGAUGACGGGUACGAGAGUGGCAGGUCAAGUCCAGUCAGUGGCAGAGGUAGUCCAGUCAGUGGCAUGUCAAGUCCAGUCAGUGGCAGGUCAAGUCCAGUCAGUGGCAGGUCGAGCCCAGUCAGUGGCAUGUCAAGUCCAGUCAGUGGCAGGUCGAGCCCAGUCAGUGGCAGAGCUAGUCCAGAAUGUGCGGACUCGUUUGAUGACGGGUAUGAGAGUGGCAGGGGGAGCCCAGGCCCACAGUGUGCAGAGGCGUUUGAUGGUCGGCUAAAUAAUGUUGGAAUAGUUAGCGAUACAGUAGACGAUGAUGUACGUAACCCAGAGGUAAUGAUCGGUUGGGCGGAGGACUUGUUCACCGAGGAAUUCUCCGUGUCUCCCUUGGUUGCUGGUCAGUUUUGGGCAGAUAUUCUGGCGCAGGUUCAGACGGCUAUAGAAGACCCAUCGAUGCCACCGGUACCGUUUGCCGUGACUCAUCCGGAUGGCACGCCAGCGGAUUUGUUGGCGUACUGCAAGGUGGUGUCGUAUUUGGAGGAUGCGGAGAUAUUGGAGAGUGGCCUGGAUGAGUUCAAACGUGUGACUGAUGAGGAUGAAUUGGUAGCUGUUGGAGAGAUAGCGGAUCCGAUUGACCAAAGGUUUCGUAAGGCGUGUCACCCGUUUGAUACGAUCAGAUGGAAGAGACCAGACAUGGUAGUGACAGCUGCGGAUUGGACGGGGUCUUGGAAGGACUCGCAAUUGAUAAUGCUCUUUGCUUCACUUUUUCCUAAGUACGCCAAGGAGUCCAACUUACAGUCGACACUAGGGUUUGCCAUUGACCCUUCCAUCUUCCUGUACCCACAGUGCACGGAGCACGUCAACGAUGACUUCUCAUUGCUCCUAUCGCACCUACGCCACGUUCUACUGAAAACUAAACCACCUACUGAACCACCGAGUCUCAAAAAGGUUGCACGUAGAGAGCUCGCGAAAGCUAAGCUCAUGAUGAAAGAGUAUGUCUCCAUGUGGAGCAAGCCUGGGGGCUUGAAGGCCCUAGGACUUAUCGAACUUGAGCUCGAAAAAGCCGUGCGCAGAUGGAACUCGCUUCUCAUUAUAUCCGCUCUCGAACGUGUGUGCUAUGACGGAAUGGAAGCCAUCUGCCGAUCAGCUAAAUCAAUUGAAAAUAUUCAGGUUCAACUAGAGGAGCUUCAAACCUCUUUAGAGAACCUUGCUACUGAAUCCAUCAUCUGCAGCGAACUACCCUCAUUCGCAGUGUAUGACGAUAUGGUCGAUGUUAACUUCGAAACAAACAUCUUGGUCUGCAAGAUACCACCCGAAGAUAGACCCGACAAGUUUAAGCAUUGGCUCAGAAUGUUUGUUACUGAAAUUACUCAACGUGCUGCGGAAAUUGAAAGGGACUUGAACAACGCAAUCUUUCAUGGAGACCCGUGGAAACCUAGUGCGGAAGUACCCCUUGCAGAACUGAAGACAGAAUUACCAUCUGACCUUAAUGACGACCUUAAUGACGACCUUAAUGACGACAUCCAAGAGGACCUUAUGAGUGCGAUCGAAAUCGUGUUCAGAAGUGAGUUGGAUAAUGAACUAGAGCGUGUGACGGACACCUUUCAAUGUGAGCUACUGAAGGACGACAUGACAUACAACACAUCGAAAAAUGACGACAAGAACCAUGCCCAGAGCGACCCACUCCAGGACAGUAGCGACCCACUCCACAAGAGCGCGAAAACUGAACUCAACAGAGAACCCAGCGAGCUGGAUCGAUUGAGAGAAUACCCCUGGACUCGGCCGAGGGAUUUGCCCUGUCAAUCCGCGGAUCUGGCCGGGAAGGACCGCGCAAGCGACGUCUUCCAACUCACCCAGAAGGCGUACUGA